ACCGGUGGAGUAAAAAAAAAACAUUGAGAAGAACAGUUUUGUUUUCGCACCCAAUAUAACCAACUCUGUCUGCUGUAUGAUAGUGUGAUAUUAAAGUUACUUUUCCGGGAGUGAAAUUACAGACAUAAAAAAACACGAUGGACGAUCCGGAACUUGAUGCGAUCCGUCAGCAACGGCUGCAGCAAAUGCAGGGCUCUAAUCCGGAGCAACAGAAAGCUAUGCAGGAGCAGCGGCAGGCGCAGGAGGAGAUGAAGAAUUCCAUGCUGUCCCAGCUGCUCGAUCAGGAUGCACGUGCGCGGCUGAACACACUGAAGCUAAGCAAACCGGAAAAAGCGCAAAUGGUGGAGGGUAUGAUCAUCCGGAUGGCACAGAUGCGCCAGAUCGGCGAUAAGCUAGACGAUGCAAGCCUCGUGAAGUUACUCGAAAGCCUCAACCAGCAGAUGCCUCGGAGCAACUCAACGGUUAAGUUUGACCGGCGACGGGCUGCACUGGAUUCGGACGAUGAUGAUGAUGAUUAUGGUAUUUAAGCUUGCUUGUCUGUGUUGUGAUUCUGUGCAACGUUUUCUGUCCGUCGCUUAGCUGCCAGCUCCUCAAAUAACACGUAAAAGCCUUGGAAAAAGGUAUAACAGCCCCGGAAGCAAAGGCCACCACGGCUUGUCAUCACGCACCUCAAUAAAACGCAAUAACCACAACCGAUCUCUGCAUCGGCGCAGGAUGUUUUGGGUAAAAAUUAA